AUGCCCCGCCCCCCGCGGUCCUACCAGCAGGAAGCGAGGAGAGAGCGCGUGCGCAGAAGGUUGGCCUUGCGCGUGCGCACUCACCCGCGCCCGCGUGACCCCGCCCACCGCAGCUUUCCCACGGGUUCCGCACCCGGAAACGCAGGUGCGCGCGCAGGGCCCCGAGCUCCUCCCGCAGGUGGAUGGGCGUGCGCCGCCGGCGAUGUCGUGAUCUGGCCCCGGGCGAGGGGCGCUGCCAGAUACUCCUGUUAUAUGAAGUUGAACAUGGAGGAAGAAGAGGACUAUAUGUCUGAUUCCUUCAUUAAUGUCCAAGAAGAUAUCAGACCAGGAUUGCCGAUGCUGAGGCAAGUUCGAGAAGCCCGUCGAAAAGAAGAAAAGCAACAAGAAGCUAAUUUGAAAAACAGGCAGAAGAGUGUAAAGGAAGAAGAACGAGAAAGACGGGACAGUGGGUUGAAGAAUGCACUAGGCUGUGACAACAAAGGGUUUGCUUUGCUCCAGAAGAUGGGAUAUAAAAGUGGUCAGGCCCUUGGCAAGAGUGGAGAUGGUAUUGUUGAACCAAUUCCUCUCAAUGUCAAAACAGGGAAAAGUGGCAUUGGCCAUGAGACUUUAUUAAAACGGAAAGCAGAGGAAAAAUUAGAAAGCUACAGAAGAAAGAUUCACAUGAAAAACAAAGCUGAAGAAAAUGCUGCAGAACAGUUCCGAAUGCGACUUAAAAGCAAGCAAGAUGAAAUGAAGCUGGAAGGAGAUCUUAGAAGAAGCCAAAGAGCCUGUCAACAAUUGGAUACUCAGAAGAAUAUACAGGUUCCCAGAGAAGCCUGGUACUGGCUGAAGCUUGAAGAAGAGACUGAAGAAGAGGAAGAGGAAGAAAACAAACAAGAUGAAGAUGAAUAUGAGAGUGAAGAUUUAAGUGUACUGGACAAAUUACAGAUAUUGACGAGUUAUUUAAGAGAAGAACAUCUGUAUUGUAUUUGGUGUGGAACAGCCUAUGAAGAUAAAGAAGACCUGUCUUCAAAUUGCCCAGGACCAACUUCUGCAGAUCAUGACUAA